AUGGCUUCGAGCUCGAAGACAGAGGCUGCCUCGAGCGCGCCAUCUUUGGACGCGUUUAGGGAUGGCACAAGCAACCUUCCCCUGGUCGAUUGCAGCAAGUGUGGAGCUCAAUUGAUUGGCCUAGUGUCGAAGCAGGACAAGAGCUUUGGGCAGAAGUUCUACAAGUGUCCUCUAAUUAACCAUUUCUACAUGUGGGAGGACCAAUACGUUGAGUACCUCAUCGGUAAAUCCAAGCUUCCACGAUGUUUCUCAAAGAUCGGUAGAGGGUCGCCGUCUCUGGGGUUGACUCAAGCCAUGGAUCCAAGGAUGUCCUCUCAGGAGCUGAUUCAAGCCAUGGAGUCUUUGAAGGAAUCAAUUGGAGGAUGCACUACCAUGUUAGAAAGCACAACCGCAUCUAUGAAGGAUGCACAUGCCGCUUUGAAGAAAAUUGUUGAUGCCAAUCAGUCAAUAGGGAGCAACAUCGACAAGAUAGGCGAUCGUUUGCUUGUUUUAGGUCUAGCAAUUAUGUUCAUUGUAGUGCUACUUCUCUUGGUGGCGUUAGUGAAGUGA